AUGGAGAACGCCAACCUCCGUCGUCAGCUUUGGGAACACCUCACGGUACACGACCAGUUACAGGUGGCGGAGCAAGAUCGGGAUCGGGCCACAGCAGAACACCGAGCUCUCCUCGACACACUGAACAGUGCUAUACUCGGGUCCCGGUCGUCUGCGUUGACCGCUCGACCGACGCCUAGAAGUGCUACUCCGAACGGAUCGCCACCUGUUUCCGCACCCCAGGGAUUGAUAUCGCUUGCCCGUAGAGAUCGCUUGCCCGUAGGUCCAGGUUGA